AUGGUCACUACAGCGGAUCCAUCUGCCGAUGUUAUGAAUAAUAAUAAUAAUAAUAAUAACACAAACAGUCAUACCUCAGCAUCGAAUAGUGGUGCAAAUAAAGAUACCGGUUUUGAAUGUAAUAUUUGCUUAGAAACAGCACAUGAUGCUGUUGUUUCUAUGUGUGGACAUUUGUUUUGUUGGCCGUGUUUACAUCAAUGGAUUGAAACCAGGAUAAAUAAUCCAACAUGUCCUGUAUGUAAAGCUGUUAUAUCAAAAGAGAAAGUAGUACCACUUUAUGGUCGUAAUGCACCUCAAAAAGAUCCUAGAGAAAAUAUUCCUCCCAGACCAUCUGGACAACGUCAAGAACCAAGACGAAAUAGAAGUUUUGGUUUGGGAGAUGGUGUAAACUUUCAAAUGUCAUUUGGUGUAGGUGCAUUUCCAUUUGGGCUGUUUACAACAUUUAAUUUAAAUAAUAGUGAUGAACAACCUCAAGCACCUGCAGCUGGUACACCCGAACGAGCACAUCAUGAAUUUUUGUCUCGAGUUAUUCUUGUUAUGGCUUUAAUUUUACUUCUUUGUAUCAUAUUCUUUUGAUAAAUUCUCAUUUUAAUACUUAUUUAUGAUUUCAACUACCAACUAUUUUCAAGUUUAUUUUUGCUCAAUGUACAAAUCAUUUUUCUUCACAUCUACUAUAGAGUUUUCAGAAAUUUUUAUAAUUGUGCCUUUAUUUACAUAUGUAUAUAUUUUAGCUGAUUGUUAAUAAGCAAAAAUUUAUCGGUAAAGUAGAUAUUCGUAUUGAAUAGUAGGUUAAGGUACCUGUAUUGAGAACAGUCGUUUCACUAAUUCACUAAUUUGUUUAUAAUUACAAUUAGUGAGAAAGUCUGAAAAAAAACUAAACUUUUUAUGACCACAUAGAGUACAGCUGAAUGACAAACAUCAGGUAGUCUCCAGAUUAUAAAACAGUUAGUUUUGCAUGUAAUUGUACUACAAUUCGUUUUGCUAAGAUCACAUCAUUAUUAACAAAUUGAGAACCUCUUAUAGUUAGCUUAUAGUGUAUUUAAAUUAAACUGCUAUUAACAAAAUCGGAAGAAUUUGUUUACAUAUUAUGCAUGUAAGAAUUUAUCGCAUCUAUUUUGCACUUUUUUGCGUAUUUCUGCAAAAGAGAAUAUUUUUCAUCAAAACGUGUUCGUAUUACACACGAUUACAUAACGCUGUUGAGAGCGUGUAAUAAUACGUUACUUACAGGUUUUUUUUCACACAUUUAUGCAUUAAAAAUCAGAAGAACUCGCGGACUGUAGCAGAAAUUAUACUGGCAUAUUAAACGCGCGAUGUAUUACAUUAAGUUAUUUAUGAUACACACGGAUCAUGUAAUUACAUGCGUAAGGGUUAGCGAUACAAUGCGGUUGCGAGCACUCAACUUUCUAUAUGGGAUAUUAUAAGGCGGAAAGUGUAUACAAUGGAUUGAGAUAGUUAGAGAUUGCCCGGUAAUUUGAUAAAAAAUUAAUUUUUUUAAAAAGAAUAUAUCAAAAUUGGGAUACUAAUGUUGUAACAUAAAUGCAUAAUUUUUGCAAUAAUUUUUCUAACAUUGAAUAAUUUGCGCUGCUUGAUAGUUUUUGCAGUACAGCAUAAUAUUAACGCUUAUUCAAAUCUAUUGUAGAGGAUUUUCAAUAAAUGUUAAAAUUUUAAUAUGAGAGAAUAUAUUAAAAAGUAGAGCAUUUAUCGAACCAGCGAAUCUCAGGUCAUGAAAUUUUCUUAAAUAAUAGAUUUAAAUGGGAGCGGGCGUUCGAACCACAAGAUUUUCUAUAAAUCUACACAAAUCAAAGAUGCAUUUGUCAUCGUUUAACGAUUGUACGAGACUUUUUAAGAUGUCUAACUUUAAAAUGAAUGAAAAUAUAGGUUUUCAUUCAUGGAGCCUCCGAAUACAAAAGAAAACAAUAUAUUUUUUGUAGAUAAAGAAAAUUUUUGUGUAUAAACUUCUGUACUUGAAUAUACUUGCACAGUCUUUUGAUCCAAACAUAGUCUAAGACACGAAAUUCUCUUUCUUAUGCAGGAACUUUCUUCAAGUACGUACAGUGAAUAUUUUAACUUUCAUUUCUGUUUUAUAACGACUAUUGUCGUGUUAAUAAGAUUGUCACAAUAAAUGUUAACUACAAUUUUGUUUGGGAAUUCUUUAAUUCAAAAAAUUUUUUUCUAGCUUUAAUUAGUUGAUGACGAAUUUUUGUACUCUAUGUAUUUAUAUAUAUGUAUUUUUUAUGUUUUCAUUUAAUAUAUACUAUCAUUUUUUUUUUAAAUAUAAAACAGUUUAUUGUGCCAAAAAUGGUUGACAAAGUAAAAAGAAAUUACUAUCUGCAGAAAAAGUACAUUGUUACUCUGAUAAUAAAAAAGACCGAAAUAAUACAUAGUGGCAAAAAAAGUUCAAAUAUCUAAUAAUAAAAAAGGCUCGUAUUAUAGAUUUUGUUUUCUCCUAUUUAUAUACACAUAUUCUGUUGUUGUUGUUUUUUUUGUUUUUUUUAUAACAAUAGCAUUAGAGAAGUUGCUUCAAUACUUUAAAAACCAGAGAUUUUUGACAAAAGUUAAGGAGGUUGAAGAAAAUACUUAUAUACAAACAUACAUAACAGCGAAGGAGAAUUUUUGUAGUACCCGUAUUGCGGAGCGUGGUUUGAUAUAAAAUUUAUUAUAUCAAUUUUAGAAUGUUUCGCAUGUAGAGAGAGACGUUUUAAAAAUCUGUUGUUUUUGCGCAAACCUG